AUGUCCGAUAGAGCAGAUGCGAUGAGCUGCCACCACCAACAGAAAAUAAUAUGGUAUUGUUGCAACUGUAACAACUACUGUGGAGGAAUUUCCUCAAAACUACACCCAAAAUGUAUAAGUUGUGGACACGACAGGUGCAACUAUUGCGAUACGGACUAUGUCAGGGAAAGCAGGGAAAGCAGAGAAGGACUUGACAGCUUAUAUACACCCUUGGGGACUCCAUUGGGGGCGAGUGGAGGCACAAUCGACCAUGCGGCUCCGCAGUCUGAGUGCAUACCGGUAGAUCACAAUGAAGACAAAGAGGCUCUGCGGAGAGGCGACCCAAGACUAAGCAGAACUGCAUCAUUGUCCCAGGCCGAACCAGAGUCGCGCAGUGUCCCUGGCGUCCCUGACUUUCCUGAUUUCCCUAACCCCACAACUCAGGUCUUUAAUGAUGCUUGUGAGGAUGGCGAACAUACCCCUCGUAGCUCUCAUUCCGAUGGCCUUGAUGAUUGCAGUCAGAUUCCUAUCCUCGACUUAGAGUGGACAGACGAGGACCGCGAAUUCGUCAAAGACUUCGGAAUCGACUUUGAAAUCACAGGCCUUCAUAUACCACCCAUAGAAACAGAUGACUUCAACGGCGUUCAUAGCACUGGGUUAUUCGAGCCCCAUUACCCCAUCGAGUUCACUAACCAUGACGGUACCGUUAAGCCCCAAGCACUUACGUCUAGUGUCCCUAAGGACACUGAUAUACUUGAACAUAAUCCUGGCGCGCAUGAUCCGAACAGCUUUAAUCCUUUUGCGGCUCAAUAUGUCGGAUACUAUGAGAGCUCAAGUAAAACUCCGCAAGGCUUAAUUGCUUCUCAGUCUUCAAAUGCCCCGCACCAAUUGUCAAUAGUCGAUCCCCUAGCGGUGGUAGACCAAAGUGGUUUAACCUUACCCUUCACCACUCAACCCCCUAUAGUCAUCCCACCAUUUGAAAGCGAUGAUCCUAAACAACCUACCAAAAAGAGAAAGCAUUCUCAUACGGGUCAGCAACAAGAGCAUUCUAGCCAUGUUGGUCAUCAACAGGAAUAUUCUGACGAAGAUCCCAAACCUUGCGAAGAUUGUUUGCUGGCGAAUGGCAUCAACGAAAACAAGCCCUUUGCUUGCCUUUUAUACAAGCGUAACCCAGCCCGCUACAUUUUUUGCAUGAACAAGACCUUCAAGAACAUCAGCUCUCUGAGGCAGCACCUGGACAAAGAGCACAAACUCCGCCAGCACCACUGCACGGCCUGUUGGGAGUCGUUUGAAGACUCCGCUUCACUCAAGGAGCACGCAAUGUGUAGGCCAACAGGGGGCAUUCCAGUGGAUAAACUACCCAAGAUCACCAAAGACAGGGGGUGCGGCCAUAAAAAGUGGUAUAGGAUUUGGACACAGCUCUUUGGGGCCAUGGCUCGCCGGCCAAACUGCCCAUAUCCUCACCCGGCACGAGAUAUGAGAUAUCAAGUCCUUGGUCAACUCCUGCACCAUCUCCAUACUCGAGAGACCCAGCGCGACUUUAGUGAAAUCGCUGCAGUUAUUGGACAGUGGCUUGCCUCCAGCCCGAAGCCACGCAGCGAUUACUUGCAGUUUAUUACGCUGUAUCUCCCUUCUACUCCCCCCCACCUAGCCCAAGAUGUAGAUAUGCACGUAGCGAUUUCUUGA